AUGAGGACGACGAGGAUGAUACUUAUGAUGAUGAUGAAAAAGCAGGCUUUUCAGGGGUUUGGAAUUGUGGGGUAUGGGGGAUCAGGGAAAACCACACUUGCCCGGAAGGUUUUCUGGAAUUUGAGAAAUUUGUUCUCGCCAAGGAUUUGGGUUUCUUUGUCUGGGACCCUUUAUGAUGCACCGGUGAGCGGGGAGUUGAGAGUGAAGAUUUUAAGGAAAAUGCUGGAGCAGGCUGGUUGUGAUGUCUCAGAAUUGUCGACUGCUAAUGUUGGCGAUAUUCCCAAUCUCACUGAGAAGCUUUACCGUCGACUAACGGGCAAGAGGUAUCUUAUUGUGUUGGAUGAGGUCUGGCACGUUAAUGGUUGGUAUGGGGAUUUAUGCUCUGAGCAGCCAAAAGGCGGCGAUGCAUCAUUCGGGGACUGCAUAUCUCAUGCCUUACCGAAAGAUAGUGAUGGGCGAAUUAUUGUCACAACUAGGCGAAAAAUUGUUGCAACACAAAUGAUAGGUGAGAAGAACUUGAUGCCAAUUGAUACUCUGCUGGACCGAGAGAUUGGCUGGUCGGUGUUUUCUGAAGCUGUCCGUCAAGAUGGAAGAGUUGAUGUGAAUAACAACACUCUAUUAAAGAUGGAGGAGAUAAGCAGCAAAGAAUGUGCUGGCCUUCCCUUAGUUGCCAGGACUUUAGCAACGAUAAUUCCAGAACAAAUCCAAGAGGAGGAGGCUGAAUAG